UCGUCCAACCCCCUGUCAAUCAUUCCUGGAGGCAUGUCCAGACCGGACUUCGUGGCUGUCAGAGUCCCGACUUUAACAAGACAGACAGCUGCUUAACCGGGGGGGGGGGCGAAAUGUCUGCGGUACCCGAUGGAAAGAAGCUCGUCCGGAGCCCCAGCGGGCUUCGUAUGGUGCCGGAAAACGGAGCCUUCCACAGCCCUUUCUCCCUGGAAGAGCCGCAGUGGGUCCCGGACAAAGAGUGCCCGAGGUGCAUGCAGUGUGACACCAAGUUCGACUUCAUCAGGAGAAAGCAUCACUGCCGGCGGUGCGGGCGGUGCUUCUGUGACAAAUGCUGCAGUAAGAAGGUGGCGCUGCCCCGCAUGUGCUUUGUGGAUCCGGUGCGUCAGUGUGCCGAGUGCAGCCUGAACUCCCAGAAGGAGGCCGAGUUCUACGACAAGCAGGUCAAAGUGCUCCUGGCGGGCGGAAGCUUCGUCGUCACUGCGGGAGCGUCGGAGAAGUCCGAAGCGAUGACGUGUCGCCUCUCCAACAACCACAGGUACCUGUUCCUGGACGGGGAGACUCACCUGGAGGUGGAGCUGUCUCGGAUCUCCAGCAUGCAGAUUCUGACGGACGGCUCGAGUCCGGCAGAGAAGGACAUUCACACUUACACCAGUCUGCUGGACACUCAGUUUAUCUCCGAAGGAGGGUCGUCGCGUGCUAACGGCAUGCUGCUCCACUUCAAGCCGGCGGGCUCCCAGGAGCCUCGGCAGCUGCGCGUGGAGGCCGCAGACGACCAGAAGGCGGCCUCCCUGUGGCUGGCGGCGAUGCACAAGGCGGCAAAGCUGCUGUACGAAGCUCGGGACCAGGUGCAGAGUUGGUACUCAUGGGUCUGGUUCGGCGUCGGUUCCUUUGUGCUCCUGAAGAGGAAACACUUUAUUACCUCUGAGCUUUUUGCGUCUGGAUCCUUUAAAACGGCUCAACUUUCACUCGAUAACAAACGUUUAAUGUGUUCAUUCAUCCUUUUCAUAACUUCAGCUGGAUGAACACUUAAUAGUUUUAUAUGCUGCAGAUCUUUUGUCUCAUCUGGGAUUUUAUUUCCUCGAGGACGUGAUGAGACACUUUUUAUCUCCGAUUUAAAGUAUUUGGAAUCGUUCUAUUAUUAUUAUUAUUAUUAUUUACUUAGAUUUAAACCUUCUAUUCACUGAUUCUAGUGAAGCACAAACACAUAAAUAAACGCUUUAAAUGUAGUUUCAUGUAUUGGAGUUUUGUAUGAGCUAUUUUAUCAACUAUUCCUCCUUUUUAACACGAUGAGUGAACGUACUCACAUCGCAGUUUGUGUAACAUUUGUAAACAGUUAUUUUUUUGUUUUUGCCCCAAACAGAGUUUUCUUACUUUUUAUCGUUAGUUGUAACAAACAGGAGGAGAAAUCUGCUUCUUGCACCAGUCACGUGUUGUGACAGUUUAUUCUGUUUGGGACCAGUUGACUGGUUUCUAAGAGUCGACCCAGGUGUCUUCCUCUGUUAUUAUUUUUAUUAGUAUUAUUAUGACAUUUCAAUAUUUCACAAAAAAAAACUACGACUUUCUUCACUCUGAUAAUAUUUCAAAUUGAGAAAUAUCUUUUGUGUAUUAAACUGCGAAAUUAAAUUCAUGAAACGUGGGUGCGCCAGAAGGGGCGGAGCUUUGCCCCUGCAGCCGAUCUGAUUCGCUCGUUGCUGAGGGGCGGAGUCAAACAUCUCCUGUUUGUUUCUCAUGUGACGUAACGGCACAAACUGGAAAACACACAUUUCUGCUCCUCACAAAAAGCCAGGAGGAUGUUUUUUUGAGUGACUCAUUUGUUUUAACUCUAAGUAUCUUGUAACCGUUGAAGAAUAAUAUUUUGUCUCUUAACCCAUUUAUAACGUUGGACACAUAAGCAUGAAGUGUGUUGUCUCACUAGAUGUUUCAGGUGGAAGAGGACGUGAGAUGAAAGCUGAUUAUUUUUAAAUGCUGGGUUGCAUUUCCCUCGCUGACACUACGUGAUGACCAAGUAUCGCUGGCUGGUUCUUAUAAAUCUUAAUGUGUCUUCCCAGUUUUGGGCUUGAAGAAGCAACUUAAACAGUUUGAUGAAGAACAGCUUUGGAUUUGAUGACAUUUGACCUUUUUUAGUGUCAUUGACCCCCCAAA